UUGUUUCUUAUCACUUUCUUCAAAGCAAGAGUACAGAACCCAGUUGAGUUGCAACUAAUGGCUAUGAAUGGAACUUCUCUUUUGGUGCCUUCUGUUCAGGAGUUAGCAAAACAACCCAUCAUUCAAGUUCCAGAAAGAUAUGUUCAUCCAAAUCAAGAUCCAACCAUUGUAUCCAACACAGCAUCUUUGCCACAAGUUCCUGUCAUAGACUUGCAUAAAUUGUUGUCUCAAGAUGCAACUGAGUUAGAGAAGCUGGACCAGGCAUGCAAACAAUGGGGUUUCUUUCAGCUUAUAAACCAUGGAGUGGACCCUUCAGUGGUGGAAAAUAUGAAGAUAGGUGUUCAACAAUUCUUCAACCUUCCAAUGGAAGAGAAGCAGAAGUUUUGGCAAACACCAGAGGAUAUGCAGGGGUUUGGUCAGUUAUUUGUUUUAUCAGAGGAACAAAAGCUAGAAUGGGCAGACAUGUUCUAUGUUCACACAUUUCCAUUACAAGCAAGGAAUCCCCACCUAAUACCUUGUAUUCCCCAACCAUUCAGAGAUAAUCUAGAUAAUUAUUGUUUAGAGCUGAAAAAAAUGUGCAUCACAGUCAUUGGCCUUUUGACAAAAGCUCUUAAGAUCAAAACCAAUGAACUUUCAGAGUUAUUUGAAGAUCCACACCAAGGAAUGAGGAUGAAUUACUACCCUCCAUGUCCCCAACCUGAACGAGUCAUUGGAAUCAAUCCACAUUCUGAUUCUGGUGCCCUUACCAUCCUUCUUCAAGUCAAUGAAGUGGAAGGCCUUCAAAUAAGAAAAGAUGAAAAGUGGAUUCCUGUUAAACCCCUUCCUAAUGCUUUUGUUAUCAAUGUUGGAGACUUGUUGGAGAUACUGACCAAUGGAAUUUAUCGGAGUAUUGAACACCGUGGAAUAGUGAAUUCAGAAAAGGAGAGGAUUUCCAUUGCCACAUUUCACAGACCUCAAAUGAAUAGAAUUAUAGGUCCAGUACCAAGCCUUGUUACUCCGGAAAGACCUGCAUUGUUCGAAAGGAUUGGAGUAGCAGAAUACCUCAAUGGAUUCCUUAAACGUGAGCUACAAGGGAAAUCAUACAUGGAUCUCAUUAGGAUCCAAAACGAGAUUGGUAAAUAAUUUUUGUUCAUAGGAGGACUAAGCUUGAAAUGGAAUGAUAGAACAAAUGCACUGAUCAAUAAUGUCACAAGUGGUAGCCAAAGUGCAACAAUUGUAGCAGUAAAAAUUGAAUCGUUGUUAUGGCAUAAAGAUGAACAUAUGUUUACCUUGAAAGCAUGGUUCUAAAUUGUCAUUGCAGUUAUGGUCUUUGUGGUUAUA